UUAGCGCCAGUCGCGCGUACCGCGUCUUUGCGAAGGUUUCGUAUUUUCCUUCUUUGUAGCUUUGAGAAAUUUUGUAUCGUCGGCUUUUGCAACGGACAAGCGAAAUAGACACGCGUGUUCUCGCUGUUCUCGCAGGACGAGAAACGGACGUCAUCGUCGGGAAUCUCGACAAUUUCGAUCGGCGAUUGCUAUUUCUAUGAUCCCAUAGCCGGCAGUCGUGUGUGAGCGGAAAAAAAAAAAUUACGGCGUCAGUCAAGGCGCAUCUGCUGGAGGGAGCGGAGAAUGAGUGAAGCGGAUCAGGAACAAUACAAAAGCAUGGAUAAAAAGGAGAUCGCCGAGGAGGAGCGGGAGAAGAUGCUGAACGCCGAAAACACGAAGCACACCGGUGCCGCACCUGCGGCCGAUCUCGAAGCCGAGGAGCAGAAGCCGAAGAAAAAGAUACCGAUCGGCGGGAUCAAGAUGCCCGGUUUCUGCCGCACGAGGAGCAAAGAACCGUGCAAGCAUACAUUGUUAAAAUCAUUACAGGUCGACGAUGAGACGAAGCCAGCGGAGUCCACCGAAGCGGAAUCAGCUCCUGCGGCGAUAAAGGAGAACGAGCAGAAUGCUUCCUCCGUGGAAAAGCCUAUUACGCCCGCGAAGGAUUCAAAGGAGAAAGAAGGACGAAGGGGAAUCCUGAGUGCUAUUCGCUUCCCUUCGGUAUCAUCUGUUUUCUCCAGAAGGAAGAAGGAAUCUGAUAGCGAGUUGGGCCAGACUGGUACCGCGGGGCUGGCGAGCGUCGAAACGCUGGACGAUAGCGCGGGUGAGUUGAAGCCUAUCGUUAACGAAGACGGCAUGGAGACCGUGCGACUCGACGGAGAGGAUGGAGCGGACGGCGCCGCUCCCGGGCCGAAGCACCCUUUGAUUUGCAUAACUGCAGUGAGAAAGCACACGGUCGCCUCAGCGGUGACCGCGCUGGUCCUACUCAGCGUCAUCAUCAUCAUCUGCAUCGCCUGCGCUGGACCGAGGAGGAACGCCCUAACGUCGCUUCUGAAGAACGGCAAGUACAUCGAGACGAUAACGUCGUGCGGGCACGUGCAGGGCAUCCUGGAGGACGGCGGUUACGCGUUCCGCGGUAUUCCUUACGCGAUGCCGCCAAUCGACAAUCGUCGCUGGCAGCAGGCUCAAUCUCUCAGCCGGAUCGACCGCUGCUGGAACGGGACUUACCUGGCGCACAACACCUCCGAGAGCUGCUGGCAGUACGAGAACGGUCGCACACACGGCGACGAGGACUGUCUCUAUCUCGACGUCUUCACUCCAGUGAUUCGAUACGAAAAUCCGUUGCCCGUGAUCGUCAUGAUCGGCGCCGAAACCCUGAGCGGCGGUUCACCCGGCGUGAUGCAACCCUCGGCUAAGCUGGCGCGCGUUCGCGAAGUCGUGCUUGUACGGCCGAACUUCCGAAUGGGAAUUUUCGGGUUCUUGGCGGCCGAGCCGCUCUCUCGAGCGACUCACCCUCCAACCUCGGGCAACUACGGACUGUCAGACAUUAUAGUGGCUCUUCAGUGGGUGCAGUUGAACAUCGAGCAUUUCGGCGGCAACAAGUCGUCCGUCACUCUGUGGGGACAUCGGGCAGGCGGCACCCUCGUCACGACGCUGAUCGGCUCUCGCCGAAGCAAGAAUCUUUUCUCGAGGGUGUGGAUAUCGAGCGGCAGCGCGAUCUUCCCGGGUGACGAACUGACCACGUCUGAGAAGAACAACCAGCGCUUCCUCAACGCCAUCCAGUGCAACGACGCCGCCUGUUUGAAGAGCAAGAGCGCCGAGGACAUCAUGAACGCCGUGCCAGAGAUAUGGUACAAAGACACCGCGGACUUACCGAAGCUGGAGUACAAUAAGGAUAAGCACGCCUGGCUCGUCCUGGACGGCGCGAUCCUCCAGGAACACGUCGGUCAGAUCCUGGCACGGGACAAGCUUUCGGUGAAAGUGGUGAUGGGCACCACCGCGCACGCCGGCACACCGUCACAAUAUCUGCUGCCGAACGCCACCCUGAACGAGACGCAAGUCAACACUCUCUUAGACUCGUCGUACCUCCGAGUUUUGGGCUCUAACGUGACGAAGGAAGCUAUUAGGCGCUACAACGCCACAUUGAAAGGACUGGUCACGAUGAUCUCCGACAUCCGUGUAGUGUGCCCGCUGCUGACGCUCGCCAGAUCGAGUAAUAAUAUACCGUUUUACGUAGCCACUCAGCCGCGCGGACGCCUGGCCGAUCCCGAUAGUGAUGCCGCGGCGAUUUUAGGAAGUUACGCCGCUGUCACACCUGCGGAAAAGAGACACGUGUCAGCCAUGCAACAGCUGUUCAAUCAGUAUGUGUGGAACGGCGAGGUCGUGAAGGUCGACCCGUCGGGCGCGAAGCGAAUCUUGGUUGUCGGUCAGGACACGUUGCUCGAGCGCGAUUAUCCCAACUGCGAUUACUGGAUAAACAAUAACAUCGUACCCAUGUUCGGCCGAGCCGAUUAGAAAGCCUCCGCGAGUCGCUGUGUGGUUUCUGUGUAUUGGCAUAUGGAAACUCGUUUCCCGAAUGGCGCGCGUUGUCCGUUGAAUUUCCGGGAACGAGAUUCUCACGGCACAGAUAUGUACUUUGACUACUUAAAUAGACGGAUACGAUUAGUGUUGUACGAGAUAACGCAGAUUAACGAAUAACGAAUAAAGAUAAUCAUGCCUUUGUGGUGCGACGUAGUAGUACCUGUGGAAUCAUGACAAUUAAUAUAAACGCCGAUAAUAAUAACGAUUAAAAAAAAAAGGAGGAAAGAAAUUUAUGCAGAUGUCCAUGUAUCCGACGUGAGGUCGUUCUUAACGCUGAAGGGAUAGCGAUAUUUGAAAAGGUGUUUUGCGAUGAGUAUCGUUCUUUUGUAUUAUCCGUGAUCCGAGAUGAACGUGCGUCCGACCACAAGGCACAUGGACUAUUUAUGUGUGUGUAUAAAUGUGAAUCAAAUUGUGUGUAAUAUAUUGCAUAAGAGCAGAAGUGUGUGACGAGGAAGAUGUAUGAGGAAAUACGGUAACCAAAAAAAAACGGAAGGAGGAUUGAUAAUCGACGGCGGCAAUAUAUUUAUAUUGAUUAUAUUCUUGUAAGACGUGAACGAGAGUGCGAAAAAAGGUAGGAUAAAGGAAUAAUACAGCCUUCAGCCUUCUAAGAUUUUUGAAUCAGUCGUAUUUUGGAUGAAGAUCUUUUUAAAUUUAAACAGUUUAAACAUUAUACAUUGAAAUUUAAGCAUUUUGACGGUGUCGAGGAUUCAAAUGGAAACCUUUUUGCAUAGUCGUGAGAUGCAAAGUAUUUCUUUAUAUGCUUCUUCGUAUUUAGCUUGUAGACGUAAGUUAGCGUAAACGCUCUCAGAAUAUCGUUAGCUGUAGACCAUCGGCAUAUUAUUUCGACAGGAACGAAAUCGUAUCUUUAAUCACAAAUGGACCAUGUUCUUUUGCGUGUGCUACGAGAACUAUUUUUUAAUCAGGAAAGUAUAUGUCUCUCUGCGGAGAUAUAAAAUGGGACAUGUGGAUUGCAUCGCGUUUGUGGAAGCAAACUCUCUUAGACGGGACAACCUUUUUUAUUAACAGUCUUUUAUACGAAUAUUUUUUUUACAUAUGUAUAAUGUAGAGGAGAAACUGUUCCUUUUUUUCGCAACGAGAGAACUGCAGACUGAGCAAAUAUAUACACACGAGCAGUUACCUAUCGAUUAAGAAACCUUCGAAGAAAUAUUCAGAUUGCCAAAUUUAGUAUUUUUUAUAUCACGUAUUAGCUAUUUCAACGAAAUGAAGAUUUUACUAUUCCAUGUAAAUAUUCGCGCGCGCUAUAUAUGCGAUAGCUUUUCCCGCGCGCCUCUUCCGUAAACGCGAUUUGUGUCCCAGAAAUGACAAUGAUAUUCUUCUAUUUAUUGUAUUUUUUAAAACCAUAGCUUUAUUCGAUGUGUUAUUAUAUAAUUUAUUUUCACUAAUAUGUGAUAAAAUAGCAUUUACAUACAACAAGAAGUCUGUAUGUCAUUUUAUUAUAUAGAUAGGUCAUUUUGCAUAAUUAAUUAAUUUCUAUUAUAUCUUAAUAUUACGCAUGUGAACAGGACAUGUGGUAUCGAUGGAAAACAUCGUGAAUGAUGUUAAAAAUAUCACAAAGUUCUAACAUUUUUAUAUAAGUACGUAAAAAAAUCGAAAAAUAUUUAGCAACGAAACCACGUAAUAGCGAGUGUUGUAUUUGAUAAAAAAAAAAGUUGUAUUUCAGAAUAGUAUGCAUAAUUUUAUAAACAUUUGAAAUAUUCAAGCCGUUUUUUACUCAUGUGGCUAUGACUGUAUACAUACAAAGUCGCAAGGCGAUGUGAACGUACAUACAUUAUCUUUUCGACUAAAUAAAGUAUCUAUUGUUAGGUACGCGUUUUUAUAUCUGAUUUAUAUCUUGCUUGUGGUUAGAUGGCAUGUUCAAAAGUGUUUUGGCUUAUAUUCUUGAAUGUUAGCGAUGUUAAAGUGAAUUGCAUUCCAUCGAAACUCUAUACAAAUGCCCGCGUUACUCCAUUCGUUUUAUUUAUUUCGUUCGUUUUACGACGUAAACCAUAAUAUAAUUGCAGAUCUAAAUUAUUCUCAGCACAUAUCGUUACAACAUUUCUUAUAUUUAUUUCUUUAAUCGUUUUCAAAAGAACGACGAUCUCUCCUUUUUUAUAUCUUCUCUGUUGUAAGAUAAGCGUAUAUGUAUUCUUAAAUAAACUUAUUGUAUUAAUUAUAAUAAAAAAUAACAGAUAUUUUAAUUCCUAAGCAUAUCGAUACGUGACAGAUACGAUUUAGCAACUUGUAUUUCUGUAAUAGUAUUUUUAUACGCUGUAAAUUAAUUUUAAGCGCAUUUUCAAAUUAGAUUGCUUGUAUUAUCGGGCCUCGUGCUAUUGAAGAAACAUGUGGAAAAAGUUUUACUGCACUGAUUUGAAUAUCUAUCUCUGAAUUUGUAAUUAUUUCGUUAUCGCCAUUAUCGAGGCUAUUUGCACACUUUACUGCAGUGUGCAUUUCAUAUUUUGACUGUAUUUAAUUUCUUUCGAUAUCAAUCAUGCUGUAAUGCAAUUUUAUACUGUAUUUACGAUAUUAUCUCUAUCAAUAAAGUCAUAUA